AUGGCAUCUUACCAAAAGGCAAGGACUGCACCUCCAUCUCCAUGUCUUCAAGUCGUGACGCCUCAUGACAGACCCCGUCAGGCACUGUCCUUAUUGAGUACGGCCCAGGACGACCUGAAGCAACACUUUGUCGAUGCUAUCCAACAGGUGUUGUUGGAGAUGGCCGUGGAGCCUACCUCUGAAAAGUCCCAACCCACCACUGCUAGUCUGCUGACGGACCUCCUGAAGGUCUUUCAAGACACACCGUCUUCCAAUGCUACUGCCAGGCUCUCGAAGUUAGCGUCUGUUAGCGUAGAGAAGGACAAUCAUCAUCAAUUGCUUCUUAAUAGUCAGGGUGGGACACCACCUAACAGCCCAUGCAUCACCCUGUUGGAGACUAUCGCAAUGGGCCAAUUGAAAGAGCCCACUGACCCCCUUGUUCCUUCUAGCGAUGACCCAAGUGCAUAUUCGAUCUAUGCAGAGGAGCCACAAGCAGGGAACUGCAAGGUCUCUGGAAAUCCGAAAUUGUCAGUCACUGACAACAACAUUGAUGGUGCAAGUCUGCCAAAUAUUGGACCACUGAAUGAUGGCCAAUCAACGCCGAGUGCGGUUGAUAUAGCUGUCGCAAAUGGAGAAUGGUUAGUAGCAGGCGCUUGGCUGUCAAAUGUGGAGAAGAGAGAAACUCAUGGAGUCUGCACCAUAAAGAAAGACCAAUACAAAUGCUCCUCAGGACCUUUUGGCACCUCAACGCCUCAGUUUAAUGCAAAUGGGCUUGAGAGCCUGUUAGCGAACGCUGCUAAAAUGAGACUCUGGGCUGACUCUCCAGCCACGGCAGAUGGUCUUGACCUUUGUGAGGCUCGUGAGAUCGAAUCCGAAGGUCUUAGGGGUGACCAUCAGGCUUUUAGCAGCACAGAAAAUGGUCCUGCUAGACCUGAGAAGAAGGCAGAGAAUAAUUAG